AUGACAGAGCCUGUUGGCAUCGUUCUUGGCAUCCUCGGGCUUACAGGAACGUGCCUCGAGGUCAUUGAGUUUGGUUUCAAAGCAGCAGAUCGUAAAGAAGACUUUGAAGAUUUAAGCAUACAACUGCAGUUUGAACAAAUCUUUAUCGGGCACUGGGCAGAAAAUGUCGGUAUUUUCAAUCGCGAGCUGGGAAAAACCAAGGCCUUCCCAUUUUCCUACUGCCAGCUUAUUGGAAGAACGCUUGAAAGGAUAAUAGGUCUGUUUCAUGAAUCGAGUCAUCUUGUUUCGCGUUAUGAAGAAAAGUUCAAGUCCGUUCCAAUAAUAAAUGUGGCAGAUGAAGAGGACAAUAUCUGCCGAAAGAUCAUCAGAAGCGUGAAGGAAAGAGAUGUACCGCGGCCGCGUGCCUUCCGAUGGGCAAUUCGAGAUGGUUCGAGGCUCGAAAAGCUUGUUGGCCGAGUCUCUUCUCUACGGAGAGCGCUGUGCGAGUUGCUUCCAGAGGAUAUUCACUUGGUCGAAAGGCAGAUGCUGCGCGACAAAGUCACUGUGUCCACACCAGGGAUUAUGGAAAAUCUUAAACUGGCUGCGGCACAGAUGGGUCAAAGAAGUGCUUCUGAUUUUGAAAUAAUGAGUGCCAUUGAAAGUGCAGUUACUGUACGAGAAGCAUUACCCAUUUGGAAGACUAAUGAAGAAGUCGAGGGAGAUGCUCUGAUUGAAACACAUUUCCUUCGGGAUGCGAGAUUUCCUCAUCAGGCAUUACCUGUUGAUCUGGCGCGAUGGCAAGGGUGCAUUCAGAGCAAUCAGAUUGAUUUUGGGACACGCAGUGUGAUUGUUGAGUGGAGAUGUUCCAGUUCAUAUCAAGGUCCAAAUGCAGAAAUGCAACUGAGGAUAGAUGUCGUGCAGCUUGCCACACUUCUGAAUGCUGUCCAUGGCCGUCUCAAUUACCAUAUUCCAAAGUUUAUUGGUUACUUCCAGGAUGAAAAAUUCCAUCUUGGAUGUCGCUAUGGCCUUGUGUUCGAGUCUCCACUCCAUCAUCGACAGAUACCUCAGCAAAGUCCGCUAACGUCCUUAUAUGAGGCAAUUUCAACAAAUGAACAUCCACCAGAGCUUGGCCUAAGAUUUCGGCUCGCAAGAGAAAUCGCAACGUCGGUGUACUACAUCCUCAGCACCGGAUGGAUGCACAAAGCGAUCCGCAGCAGCAAUAUUGUCUUGUUCAACAAAAAUGAAAACGAAAAUGAAGCACAAUCUCCCGAUUCCAUCCUCAAGAACCCGGAUUUCGCUCUUUUGGGUUUCGGCUUUUCGCGCCCUGACCGACGUGGAGAAGCUUCCAUUAAGGAAAAUGACAGUUCAUUGGAUCUAUAUCGACACUCCAACUGUGUGAGCAGAGCGUGGAAUACCCAAGAGUACCAAGAACGCGGUUAUCAAAAGCUGUAUGAUCUUUAUAGUCUUGGAGUUGUUCUUGCUGAGAUUGGGAUGUGGAGAACUGCAGCAUCUCUUAAUGAAAGUAGACGGAGGAGAUUUGCUAAUCAAGAAUUCUCUAUCUAUCUACAGCAAAAAGCCAGUGCAGAACUACCGUUGAGCAUGGGCCAGAUAUACUCAGAUGCCGUUCAUAUUUGUCUGAGUAGUCAGUUCAACAUUACCCAAGCUGAUCCUCACGGCCGCCAGCUCUUGGAUAGAUUUGACGGGAUGGUGUUGCAACCACUUGGCAUUUGUAGCGCAUAA